AUGGAAAACAUAGAACGGUCUGUCAGGACAUGGAUGGCCACGGGCAAGGAGGCUCAAGUGGAUGAAGUCAUUGCCUCCGUCGCCCACAAACAAACUACGCUCCUGCAGCUGGUCAAGAGUCUCGGAGAGUAUCUCACCUCGGAAGACGAUGAGCUAAGAAACAAAGGCGUCGAGUUCCUCUCCCGAGUACUGGAGAGAUCUCCGUCGGAUACCUUGAACCGCAACUCCGUGAAGGUCUUGGUGACCUUCUAUAUCAGCAAAUUGGAAGACACGGAAACGGUCAUUCCGGCUCUUAAGGGACUUGUUACAUUGACGGCAAACUCUGCAUUUACUGGGCUGGAUGCCGCUGAGGUGGCCAAAGCCUUGUUUCAACAUGUCAAGAUGAAGGCCUUGAUACAAUCAGUCAGGUUCAACGUCUUUUCUAUCCUUGACAAUCUGAUAUCUCGUCAUCGAGAAGCACUAAAAGGAAUGGGAGCCGAAUUCAUCGAAGGAUAUAUAUAUCUCGCGGAGGGCGAGAAGGAUCCAAGAAAUCUGACCGUCGCCUUCGCCAUUGACCGAGUCAUCGCCAUCGAAUUCGACAUUACCCGGCACCUUGAGCAAUUCUUCAACAUUACAUUUUGCUACUUCCCGAUCACCUUCCGACCUCCACCUGACGAUCCUUAUGGUAUCACCGCGGAUGAUCUCAGGAAAUCCCUCCGGAAGUGUUUAGAGGCAAAUCCGGCGUUUGGACCCCUGGCCAUACCGCUCUUCCUUGAGAAGCUUGCGGCUGGUUCCCCCAUUACGAAGAGAGACACAUUGCAAACCAUCGCCACAUGUCUUCCGAUAUACGGCAUGCCCUUGGCUCGGAAAGAAGCCAAAAACCUAUGGAACCAUUUACGGCUCGAGAUCUUCCAACCCACCGAUGACCAAACAGCGGAAGAAGCAUUGGCGACGAUGCGCUCGCUCAUCCAAACUUUCUAUCAACCUCCGGCGACUGGAGAGUCGGACAUGGAUGUCGAUGCUCCAGUAACAGGGCUCGCAAAGGAUAUCUGCCAGGAGUGUCUAAAACUUUUAGGCGAGCCGGAGAAAAGUCAAGCCAAACCUGCCAUGAAGACCGUGUGCUCACUUCUCAAGACUACGGAAUCUGUAUCUUAUUACACUCUGGUACAAGUUGCACCCCAGCUGCUUAAAACCUUCAAUGAUCCGGACGAGAUAUCGAAUCGUCCCCAGGUUCUGGCUCUUCUCUGUCAAUUUCUGGACACAGCCAAGACUAUAUCCGCUGGUCAGCAGCUAUCCUUGGUUUCGUACAAGGAUGAGAUACUUGGUGCCUUCAUCGUCGGGCUCGGAAACUCCGCUUCGCAGGAUCCCGCGAUCACGGGGCUGAAAAUACUCGCUACUACGGAGAACCUUGCGACUGAUGAAGAGCUUCGCUAUAUCGUCCACAAUGUCAACGACACGAUCGAAGCAAAUCUCAGAACGGACGAGCAGAUCAGCGACGCUAUUCUAGAUUUGCUGACAUCCAUUUCGAAAUCGAGCGCGAAACAUGUCAAAGAAAUGACUCUUCCUCUUCUCUUUGCGUCACUCCCCGAUGUCGCGCCCCCGCGAGCUGCAGACAAGGAACGUGCGAAGUGCUGGGAGAUCCUGGCCGCGUUGAAGUCGCUAUGUCUCGAACCCGAACUGUUCGAGACCAUGAUCAUCCGUCUUCUCGCAAAAUUGGAUCUGGUGUGCGCGACGCGUCCUGAUGCGGAUAUCGAGGCCAGCGCGGCAUACGCACAUUCGUUGCUUUACACGCUCUCCACGACCCUGGACGCGAAAGUACAACGAGGAGACUCUGACAUACUGAAAUAUGUCGACAAGUUGAUCCCUCAGCUCUUCAACCUCUUCAUCUUCGCAUCGCUGACGACCGACGGCUAUGACGUAGCCCGAGAUCCAAGGCUCAUUGGUACGGCGGGCAAGAUCACGACAUCUAUUGUUCAGACUCUUCCUAUAGAGCGGCAACAAACGCUGGUUGACGCGGUCUUCACAGCCUACGUAUCUGGCCCGAUCACCCUCAUCGCCAGCGGCAUUCACAAGAUGCCUCAGGAUGCGGGUUUUCAUCCUUUUCUCAGUGAGGCCUCCGAGGCUCAAAGGAACACAGUAGCACUAUUCGCUUCUAUCGUACAGGCCUUGCGAAAAGAGGUUGUUAUCCCCAGCGAACCUUCCGCGUACUCAGUUCUCGAGUGGGGUAUGGAUCAAGCUACAAACGCACUCCAGCGCGACGCUGCAUGGCAUGUGCUGGCAUCUAUAGUCAACAAACAAACCGAAAGGCUGGAAUCCUUGUUGACGAGAGUACGCAGCGAGUUUUGGCAGCACUUUAUUGCGGACAAAUCGGUUCCCGUUGCUACCCGUCGUCGAGCCAUCGAUGCAUGGGUUUGGAUCACGCGAGCCCUGCUGAUCCGUAACCAUUCGGAUGCGAUGGUCCAGGUCGACGUUCUCUUCUCGCUUUUCGACGACCAGGACCUUGGCUGGGAUGCGGCUAGGGCAGUCGGUCGCGUGGCUACUGCAGAAAAUGUCCUGACGAAACGGAAUCACGCGAUUUCGAGGAUUCUAUAUGCACAGAAGUACUGUAAUGCUCUGCUGCCUCGAGUUUUGCAAGGCGCCAAGACCGGCGAAGACUCCACAUUGCAGAAUACCUACCUCGUGGCCCUGACUUCGCUCAUUACCGCCCUACCGAAGGCAACCUACACCACCGAGAUGCCUACGCUCAUGCCCCUCCUGCUUCACGGGCUUGAACUUCCCGACUUCGAAAUCCGCUUCAACGUCAUCACGACGCUUCUUGCGGCCGCUGAAGGCGAGAAGGGGAAGAGUGGAGAUAAAGAGGGUCACAUCGUCAGCGAGCAUGCCAAUACUUUGGUCAAUGUGAUGCUCAAGAAUAGCAUGGUAUCGAGCAUGCCGUCUAUGCGUGUUCGUACUGCUGCUCUUCGGUACCUCGCGAUGUUACCGGACCUCGUGCGGUACGACGUCUUGCAUCCUCAGAAAGCGUUUGUGUUACGCGAGCUGGCGAAGGUGCUCGAUGAUCCCAAGCGGGCCGUUCGGGCAGAGGCCGUCAACGCUCGGUCAAGAUGGUAA